AUGUCCGAUUCGGCUCCUGGGGUGAGCAAUGGGCGCUCACAGAAUGGUGGCUCUCGCGCUGCUGUACCCGUGCCUUUUGCCGGUGGUGAUCGUGUUCGUACACCGACGGACAUCAUGAGAGAGCGUAGAGAUCGAGAAGCCAGGAAGAAAGCUGAGAGUGACCGACGGCAAAAAGAACAAGACGAGGAGGAACAGCGACGAAUCCAAACGGAGCAACAGUUGGAACAAGAUAGAGUGGCUGCCGCUGCUGGCGUUGCCCAAAGUGGUGAGGGGACAAACUAUCGGAGAUCAGGAGGAGCAGUCAGGAGAUCUACCGUUGAACCCACACCACAAGAUACAAGCGAGAGAAGGUCGGGAGACCGAGGAAGCGGUGGCAGUACCAGGGCAAACAUACCUUCAACAACCCAGCCCGCAGUCUAUGCGCCUAGUAACGGUCGCGCCGAAAAGCCAUCCGCAAUUGUCCCAGACGAUGGCGCAGGCGUGAGUAGUGUUCCCCAGCCUAGGACAAGACCUCGUGGAGCAACACUCUCGACGGGACAGCCAAGACCUGUUGAAGCCAAACCCAGACAAACGCCUCGUGCCGUCUCUGCGGCAGCUGCAGUGGCCAGUGGUCAGAAAGAAUACAAGAACGCAUCGAUUAAUGCGACUGCAGGGACUUCCCAGCUACGAUUGGACCGUGGAACAGUGCCACCUGGCCAGUCCCAACCUGCACAGGAUUCGACUAGCGGCUCUCAGCAACGGAGCACCACGUCCUCAUUUCCUCACGCCUUCGAAAGAUGGGAAACGUUAUCUUCGCACUGGGAAGGUCUGACUUCCUUCUGGAUUCAUCGACUAGAACAAAACAAAGAUGAUCUAGAUCGAGAGCCUUUAAAUCAACAAAUGGCGCGUCAAGUGACUGACCUAUCUGCUGCUGGAGCUAAUCUAUUCCACGCCGUCGUCGAACUACAGCGACUUCGAGCUUCUUCGGAGCGCAAAUUUCAGCGGUGGUUCUUUGAGACCAGGGCCGAGCAAGAACGUUUUCGAGAAAAUCAAAGCAAAUUCGAGCAGCGGAUACAAGAAGAGCGUUCCGCUGCCACCAACGCCCAUGCUGAUCUUUCGAGGAUACAGAAGGAAAGAGAUGCAGCCAUAUCCCAGAGAAAGACUGCAGAGAUUCUUGUCAGAGAAAAGAAUCGUGAACUAUCGAUCGCCAAGGAAGAAGCCCGGCGAGCAUGGGAGGAGCUUGGCCGUAGAGAGCAAGAAGAGCGAGAUCGCACCCUGUCACUGAAGAAAGGGCAGGCCACUUCGGUAGGUGGCGUUCACGUAGUGCCAAUGGUGCAGGGAGGGAGCAGUAAUAGGCCACCUACGAGAGAGGGUCCUGUCGCUGGUUCUAUUCCGUCGCGAUCGGCACAGGUUGAAAGUCCAACGGAUGAUGAGCCGGGCUAUACGACCUAUGAUCCAGCCAGAUCCGAGACAGACACUGACCCGUUCACCGAGGGCGGCCGUGUCAACCUUCCCCAGGGUGUCCGUCCUGAGGCUGAUCGUCCAUUACAAGCAAACGCGACGUCCCAGCCUUUCCAACAGACCUCGAACACGUCAGCUGCUGCUGUUCAAGCAGCCCGAACAGCAACAUCGUCAGGCCCACAACAGCCUAACUCUCAGACAAGAACAAUGCCUGCUUCGUCUGCGCCAAGUGGCGGUACCUAUCUCAAUUACAGGCCUGAAGGAUCUGCUCCCGUCACGACACAGGCUGGGAGCUCGUCUUUCUAUCAACACGAGGGAACCUCGCUCCAUGGUCCCGACUUCACUUCUCUCCAAGACCAGCCCCGUGUCAGUGAAGGCGAUGAACGUUCUUACGUCCCAUCUGUGGGUGAUACGCUUAGUGAAGAGGACUAUGAUCUUGAUGAGAACGGUGAAAUACAACGAGACUCUCACGGUCGUCCAAUCCACGCGCGUCGUGGCCCCGGCUCCGAAGACAGCGAUGAAUACGAUGUCCAGGAGCAGCUCGAUCGUGAGCGCAUGUACGGUCGAAGCUAUGGCUCUGGGAUUGCUGGCGUUGAAUAUGGUUCUGGUCCCCCUGCCGCUCCAGGCCGCCAAGAAUCGAGUGCGCCAGAUUAUUCCGGAAGUGGGUUCGGCGCAGGAUGGGAGGCUCUGCCGCGACAUCAUCAUCCUACGCGACUCAGCGAUGUUCUAGAGGAGGACGAGAGAAGCCGUGCAACACCAAGCAGGGCUAGCCAAAACAGCAGAGGCAUGCGCUGA